GGCUGAUUUUUUCCCCCCCGGUCGGCCCGGGGGCUUCUCCUGUCACUUUCAGGCCGCUGCGCGUCGCUCAGGGGCUGGUUGUAACGUGCGGGUGAAGAGCAGCGAUGCCUCCGCCGCCAUGAAGGAAUCCCGCGGCGCGCGGGUCAGUGAAUUGGCGGGGAUUGGUGAGGAGUAGCUGAGGCAGAACAGUUUGAAGACUUGCUCUAGAAUGCUACUUAUACAGAAAAAACCUUGUUUUGUAUCAUAUAGGAAAGGAAUGUGGCUGGAAAGGCAAAUCUACAGGCAGAUCAGUAGCAGACUUAUGCAACAAAUGUUAAUUACUUAAUAAAGAAAAUAAAGGAGAAGAGAAUACCUAUGUGAGAACACAACAAGCAGCAUGGCGGAUUCAGAAGACAUUUUGCUUAACAAGGCAAAGGCAGAUCAAACUGCUAAUCGCAUUGUAAAAGUUAACUCAGGCAAACAUUACUUAUGUGGUUAUUGUGCAGCCAUUACAAACAUUGCAAUAACUUUCCCAAUCCAGAAAGUCCUCUUUCGUCAACAGCUGUAUGGGGUACGAACCAGAGAUGCAAUAUGUCAGCUUCAGAAAGAUGGAAUCAGAAAUUUGUACCGAGGUAUCCUUCCUCCGCUGAUGCAGAAGAGCACAACCUUGGCAUUGAUGUUUGGCCUAUAUGAAGAUUUGUCUUCUGUGCUCCUCAGACACAUAAGUACGCCUGAAAUCUUUGCCCGGAGCUUAGCAGCUGUGCUUGCUGGGACCACAGAAGCUGGCUUGACCCCUUUUGAGCGUGUGCAGACACUUCUGCAGGACUACAAACAUCAUGAUAAAUUUACAAACACCUACCAAGCAUUCAGAGUUCUUCGAGAGCAUGGGGCCAGGGAAUAUUAUCGGGGCUUGGUGCCAAUCCUACUUCGGAACGGUCCUAGCAAUGCUCUCUUUUUUGGCCUGCGAGGGCCCAUCAAGCAGUGCCUGCCAGAAGCAACAACUUACAUUGAGCAUCGGACAAUCCUGAGCUGUCAGUUUCCAGGAUAUAAUGGGAAAACACUUGCAAGUAUCUAUGACUCCAUAACAUUCAAGAAACUGAAUUGCCGACAAGUGGUGGUUUCAGUUGUCUUGAUUUGGAUACAUCUGCUCUUUUAUGGAUGUCAAGUUGCAUGUAAAGCUCAGGUUUCAAAAAUAGGAUUAUCAGAUUUGCAGAUGACACAAAGGAGUGAUAUACCAAAUACCUUGGGAACCAGUAUCAAGAUUCAGGAAAAUCCCAGCAACUUCAGUUUCAACAAGGACAAAUGCAAAAUCCUUCAUUUUUGUGAGUAAAAUCAAAAGUGUAUGUGUAGGGUAUGCAACAGCACAAACGAAAAGUGUCUUUGUGAAUCUCAAAUGGUGCAUGAACCAACACUGAUGCAGCUGCCAACAUGGUGCUAGCCUGCAUCAACAAUAGAUUGUCAAGUUAGUAAUUCAUUGUUCCUCUCUAUUUAGGUUGGUAAGACUCUAUCUGGAUCAUGGAGUCAAGUUCUCAGCAUGGCAUUUUGGGAAGACCCUGAGAAGUUGAAGUUUUGAGGAAAAUAAGAUAUUAAGAAUCUUGGAAGGGAAAACGUAGUUGGCAGCACUCAAAAUAUUUAGCCUGGAGAAGAUAAAAUAGCUAUUUGUUCAAAUACAGGUGGUCCUUGUUUAAUUACUACAUCUGGAUUUGGCAACUUGGUCAUUGAGCAAAAGUGAUGAUUUUACUUCAGGUUUCCUUUGCAUUACACACAGAAGGUGGUUGUAAAUGUGAGGACUGAUCACACAGAGUUACUUUUUCUUCACUUGUUAACUGAAUGGUUGCUGUAUGAGGCAAUCACUAAACAAGGACUAUCUAUUUCUGGAGAAGUCAUGGAGAAGACAGAGUAGAUUUCUUCAGCAUUAUUUCAGAAAAUAGACACAAAAUUGCUUUUAAUUAUGAGAAAACAGAUUUUGAUAGGUCAUCAGGAAAAAUUUCCUACCUUCAGCAAUAGGAGAAUCUGCCUCCAGAGAUGGUAGCCAUUCUUUUCCUGGAAGUAUUUCAACAGAGGCUGGAAGGCCAUCUCCAGGAGAUGCUCUAGUUUUGGAUUGCUAAGCAAGGGGUUAGACUGGGAGCGUGUAGCAUUAAAAACUGAAGUGUGCAGUUAACAUAUGAGACUACCAAAGGCCUACAUAACACAUAUUAUAAACCUCUCAAAGGGAAGGAAUAGUUCUUCAUCUUCAUGCUAAUUGAACAGAGCAAACUCUUUGCUUAUCUAUUAUCUGUAGACCAUUUUCCACUGAUGAGUUAAAGUAUUACUCAGCCAUUCAUGAGAGCAGAAAACUAGACUGGCAUAAAAUUUGCUCUCUACCCCCUUUGCUGAUUCCUAACCUGCCUCUACUGCCUCUUUCCAACUCAUUGCAAUCAUUUAACUUCCUUCCAGGUUAAUGACUGUAUAAUGAGUGACAGAGUCUACUAAAUUUUAUACCAGAGUUUUUGAAAUUGUUUCCCACAAAAUCCUUGGCUUCUUCGGGAAGCUAAGAGCAUGUGCAUGCCCAUACACAAAUUCACUCAGGUGCAGCCGGUUAUCACGAGAGCAUUGCCUCUUGAUCAGAGUUCCUGGAAUUUUGUUUUUUUAACUAACCAGUUCCACAGGCUGAAUUGUUUUUUGAAAAUUCCUAUUUUAUAGCUCUUAUAUCUGCUCAUGUACGACAUUUAACAUUUAAGCCUGUCCAAGAGCUGGGAAGGCACUGCCAAGGGAAUACAGUAAGCAACAACAAAAAGAUGUUAUCAUUUGCAUGUUGUAGUUCUGUACAAAGUAGAGAAAGACUUGAUCCCUACAAACCAUUGCUGAACAAAUGGUUUUUGUUUGACAACUAUCCUUAUCAGCAAAGGAUGAAUAUCUUACUAGUAAAAAAGAAAAGAUUAAUUCUCUUAUAAUCCAAGCCCAACUACAGGUAGUCUUUGACUUACAACUAUUCAUUUAGUGACUGUUACAACAGCACUGGAAAAAAAAAAUUAUGACCGUUUUUCAGAGUUAACGACCAGUGCAACACCGCCAUGGUCAUGUGAUCAAAAUUCAGACCUCAACUGGUAUUUAUGACAUUUGCACCGUCCUUUUGCAA